ACUAGCAGCAACAUCCCUCUCAUGCGGGUGGUCCAGUCCAUCAAACACACCAAGAGGCGGAGCUCCACUGUAGUGAAGGAGGGCUGGAUGGUACAUUAUACGAGCAGGGACAACCUGAGGAAGAGACACUACUGGAGGCUGGAUAGCAAGAGUCUGAGUCUCUUCCAGAACGACACUGGAGCCAAGUUCUACAAAGAAAUCCCUCUGUCCGAGAUCCUUCAGGUGGAGCAGUCCAGAGACUACAGCAGUCUGGCCCAGGGCAGCAACCCUCACUGCUUCGAGAUCAUCACGGCGACCAUGGUGUACUACGUGGGAGAGAACAACGGCAGCCACUACCACAGCCCUGCUUUGGCUGCCUCAGGAGUGGGUAUGGAGGUUGCACAGGGCUGGGAGAAGGCCAUCAGACAGGCCCUGAUGCCUGUCACCCCCCAGCCCAGUGUGGCCAGUGCUGCCGGACAGGGUAAAGAUCACAAAGAGUUGUCCAUCAGCAUAUCUGUGUCCAACUGCCAGAUCCAGGAGAAUGUGGACAUUGCCUCGGUUUACCAAAUAUUUUCUGAUGAGGUGCUGGGGUCAGGCCAGUUCGGCAUCGUGUAUGGAGGCAAACACAGAAAGAGCGGCAGAGAUGUGGCCAUUAAAGUCAUCGACAAGAUGAGGUUUCCCACCAAGCAGGAGAGCCAGCUAAGGAACGAGGUGGCCAUAUUACAGAAUCUGCACCACCCAGGUAUCGUCAACCUGGAGUGCAUGUUCGAGACGCCAGAGCGGGUCUUUGUUGUCAUGGAGAAGCUGCACGGCGACAUGCUGGAGAUGAUCCUGUCCAGCGAGAAGAGCAAACUGCCUGAACGAAUCACCAAGUUCCUGGUCACACAGAUCCUGGUGGCCUUGAGACAUCUGCACUUCAAAAACAUUGUUCACUGUGAUUUGAAGCCUGAGAAUGUACUACUGGCUUCUGCAGAGCCCUUUCCUCAGGUGAAGCUGUGCGACUUUGGCUUUGCUCGCAUCAUCGGCGAGAAGUCGUUCCGGCGCUCUGUUGUGGGCACACCGGCUUACCUGGCCCCAGAGGUGCUGCGCAGCAAAGGCUAUAACCGCUCCUUAGACAUGUGGUCGGUGGGGGUCAUCGUAUACGUCAGUUUGAGCGGGACGUUCCCUUUCAACGAGGACGAGGACAUUAACGAUCAGAUCCAGAACGCUGCCUUCAUGUACCCACCUACGCCCUGGAAGGAUAUCUCCGCUGAGGCCACAGAUCUGAUCAACAAUCUUCUCCAGGUCAAGAUGAGGAAGAGGUACAGCGUGGACAAGUGUCUCAGCCAUCCGUGGUUACAGGACUAUCAGACGUGGCUGGACCUCAGGGAGUUUGAGACGCGACGAGGCGAGCGCUACAUCACCCAUGAGAGCGAUGAUGCACGCUGGGAGGAGUAUGCAGACGAGCACAGUCUUGUUUACCCCAAACACUUCAUCAUGGCUCCCAACCUUGACGACAUGGAAGAAGACCCCUAGGGGCACGGGGGACUUACUACGCAGCAUGUGUCAAAGGACAAGGAUUGUCACAGGGACUUUAUUUGCAUGAAGCUUUUGGGAGCGCCGGAUUUCCCCUCCAGGACUGUUUGUUGUGGAAACAGAGAGAAGCCAAUCAGACGGAGAGUUCUGCUCCGCAGGCUUUAAAAGUGGGGAAAACCCCCAAAUCGUAGCUUGAUGCUCUGCUACAAGAAGCAGGCAGGUGGAGACGCCGGCCACAGAAAUGCAUUAAACAAAAGGAGAGAAGGGUGUUCUCUCCUCCUUUUUGCACAACAUCAAAACAUUCCAUGGAUUUUUCUCCACAAGCCAAAAUACGCAAGGUGAAAGUUUAGUUAGUGUACACGAUUUAGAUGAAUUUUGAGUAAGAACAUGACUCUUAUGUUCUGUAUGUGACAGACGAGUUCAGAAAGAGAUCUUACCCAAGGAGAAAAGGGCACUUUUCACAAGGGAUUUACAGCCUGAGAAUCAAACACGCUCGAGUUUGCUCUCAUGUCCGAACUGUUUGUGAGACUGUCCUUUGGCAUGAAACUGGAACUAUCACAUGUAUUUGUAUGUUGUUGGUUUUUAAUGUAUUUAGUAAGUGUGGUAGGUUUUUGCACUAUCUUACCACGGAGCAUAGCAAAUGAAUAGGAAACACUAUUCGCUGCUACAGAGAGCAAACGGCUUUCAAGUGUCCGGUCAGGGUGCAAGAGUUAACUAAAGUUGAUGCAGCAGUUUUCAACAUUACAUCAAGAUCUGUUUUUACUUUGUAAGUUUUAUCAACUUUCCUUGCAAGUGACAGACCCUGACCAAACAUGUUCACAAAAGCUAUUCAUUUCCAAACUAUUUAUCUUUAUCGAUAUUGUUGAUUUUAAGUUUUACAGGACUAAAAACCCUGAAGUAAAAUGCCAUAAUGGGGUUAAACUCAACAGUGGGCUGUGUGUUAGAGCAUCAUGUUUCUGUGUCACCACUCUCUGCAUGUACUUAUGCAGUAUUUCUGAAUGUGACCCUAAAUUCUGAUGUACAGUGUGUCCAGAAAGUUUUCAGACCCGCUCACGUUUUUUUCCCCACAUUUUCAUUUGUUGCAGCUUUAAGAUAUGAUCACAUAAGAUCAACUUUAUUUAUCCCAGGCUGGAGAAAUCCACUUGUUACAGCAGCUGUUACUCAGAAUGAGGUAGACAAGUAGAAUAUUUUUUUUUGAAUGCUCCAAAAUUCCCCCCCACAAUCUACACUCAACACCCAUAAUAGCAAAGCAGAGUUCUAUAAACUGUAUACAUCACUAGGAUGCCACUCAAUAGAAUAGAAUACCCCCCUUUUUUUGUCCGAACCAUAUUUCACACACUGCAUAAUACAUAAGAUUAAUUUAAUCAAGAUCCAUACAUUUUUCCUGAGAAAUCAAAGAAAUGUGGAAAAUCUCACAAUGCAAAAAAAAGUUCCCAAAAAAUCCUGGAUACCUAUCUUGAUCCAGAGCUGCACCAAAAUUGAAUAGGUUCCUCUUUGAGCUGUGUCCCACCCCUCCACUAGAUUUUGUAGAAAUUGGUUCUUUAGAUUUUGCAUAAUCCUGUUAGCUAACAAACAAACGCAGGGCAGAGGUUAUAAACAAGAAAAUAAGUGAAGUGAUUUGAAUACUUUCUGAUGUACUGUAAGUGUUUGUCUGAAAUGUUGCAUCGCCACACACAAGUCAACCUAAGUUUUCACAUGGAACAGGAUACUGGUGUCCAUUGUCUUGUUUAAUAGGUUGUCUGGACCAUUUUGACAGCCCCCUGUGUCUAGACAGUAGACAUCGUAGAAACAUCAGUAUGAGUACAGUUCGGUUCACAUGGGAGUUUAUAGUGCUACAGUUUUAUAGUUUGCUUUAUUGGCGUGUUUUGGGAGUACAUUCCUCUUUCCUGUUGUCCUCUUCCCUGUCUUUGUUGCCGCUGGAUUGGCAGGUGUCAGUGUUUUGUAUAUUUCAGUUCAUACCAAUGGAAUA